AUGGUGCCGCGCCAAAUCCUCCGUCUCUGUCGCCCCACACCAAUCACUCUACUGUUGCGUCUAGCUUCAACGCCUUCAUCUCUCUGUCUAGUACCCAUUGGUCAAGCUCAGCCCUUGCGCGAAUCGUUGUAUGAACCGGGUCAGUUGAUUCUGCAUCGACACUUCGGCUGCCGUGGUGUUAUUCUUCAAUCUUGGUCCGCUCGUCUCUUCGACAAAAACAUCGCUCUGGUCACUGAUCAACCCACCAAAUCGUAG